AUGGCGACUGCGGACGUUGCUCCUCAUUUUGGGGCGGAGCUAAAGGACGCAUUUAAACCAGUGAAUAAUUGGGUGUCGAAUGGGAUACAAUGGCUCGAUGAGAUACAACAGUUUUAUCGCGAGCGGAGCGCGAUCGAGAAGGAAUAUGCCGCCAAACUCACUACUCUCUGUCGGAAAUACUACGAUCGCAAGGCGAAGAAAAUCAGCAGCCUGAGCGUUGGAGACCAUCCUACAAUGACCCCGGGCUCCCUUGAAAGCGCUUCCCUUACMACCUGGACGACGCAAUUGACCGCCGUCGAAUCGCAUGCCGCGGAACGGGACAAGUUUGCCUCGGAGCUGGUCGCGCAAGUGGCGGAGCCACUCAAGCAAGCAGCGGCGCAGUACGAAGAACUUAGGAAAUGCCAUGUGGACUUUCAUGCGAAGCUGGAGAAGGAGAGAGACUCAUCGUAUAGUGAGUUGAAGAAGGCAAAGGGGAAAUAUGAUGGGGCAUGCCAGGAGGUCGAGGCGCGCAGAAAGAAGAUGGAAAGUUCGUUUGACCACGGAAAGGCGAAGGCGCAAGCUGCCUAUCAGCAGCAUAUUUUGGAAAUGAAUAAUAUCAAGAACAUGUACCUCAUCAGUAUAAAUGUGACCAACAAGAUGAAGGAGAAAUAUUUCCAUGAAUAUGUGCCAGAGCUUCUUGACGGAUUGCAAGACCUGAAUGAGACCCGGGUGACAAAACUCAACUCGCUAUGGUCACUCGCAGCUCAGUUAGAGAAAGCUUCUCUCUCCAAGAGUAUGGACCACAUGUCACAUCUACUGAACGAGAUUCCUCGAAACGUACCGCACCUUGACUCACUCAUGUUCCUUCGUCACAACGUCACUCAAGUGCAGGAACCUGCCAACAUGGUAUUCGAACCCAGCCCUAUCUGGCAUGAUGACGAGUCAAUGAUUACAGAUGAGUCAGCCAAAGUGUUUCUGCGCAACCUGCUCAGCAAGGGCAAGACGCAAGUCCGGGACUUGCGAGUCGAGUCCGACCAGAAGCGACGGGAAGUUGACAACGCCAAGCGUGUACGAGAAAAUGUUCGGCAAGGGAAGGAUAACCGGAACGAAGUCGAGGUUGUCCGGUCCAUAUUUUUCUUGCAGGAGGCGCUUCAUGAGACAGACCGGAAACGACUAGCUGCUGAGGUUGAAACGUCGACCAUCAUGUCGGUCGUGGGCGAUCUGUCUCUAGGAGCCAAGAAUCACAACUUCAAGUCACAGACGUUCAAGAUCCCAACCAACUGCGAUCUUUGCGGGGAGCGCAUUUGGGGACUGUCAGCGAAAGGCUUCGAUUGUCGGGACUGCGGGUACACAUGCCACAGCAAAUGUCAGAUGAAGGUACCCGCGGAAUGUCCUGGCGAGCAGACGAAGGAGGAGAAGAAGAAGCUCAAGGCAGAGCGACAAGAGCAAGCCGGCGCCAUGCCAGCGCUCGAGAUUACACCGUCGAACGGAACGUCGGCCGCGCCGUCGCUCACUCGGCAAAAUACGAUGAACUCUUUGAGCUCCGGAUAUGCGGCGAGCGCAAACCGAUCGUUGUCAAAUGUUACCAACCAGCCCGCCAGCGCAACAGAGCCUGCUGUGUCUGCUGAGACCAAACCGGCCAGCGCCGCUCCGAAGAGGAAUCGGGUUCUCGCACCACCUCCGGCACAGUACGUUAGCGCUCCAGCGAUAAGUGAGUUGCCAGCCACUCCCGCCAAAUCAGGUGAGCCGCGUGGGAAGAUGCUGUACGCGUACCAAGCAGGAGGGGCGGACGAAAUCACAGUGCAGGAAGGAGAUGACGUGGAUAUUAUCGAACCUGAUGAUGGCUCCGGAUGGAUGCGCGUUCGCGCUGGAUCGGGAGAAGGCCUCGUCCCAGCCUCAUAUGUGGAAGUGGCACCGACACCAUCCCCUGCGCCCACGGCCAGUCCCGGAUUGACCGAUCGGCCGGGCUCUACGUACUCGAACUCGUCUGCCUCGCUAGCUGGCAGUAUGGCGCCUAAGCGGGUUGGGCCUGCAGUUGCCCCUCGACGAGGGGCAAAGAAAUUACAAUACGUCGAAGCGCUGUAUGACUACGAAGCGCGCAGCGAUAUGGAAUGGAGCAUGGUGGAAGGCGACCGUUUCGUGCUGGUCAACCGGGACGGCGGCGACGGAUGGGCCGAGGUCGAACGGGGAGGGGUCACCAAAAGUGUACCUGCGAACUAUAUACAGGAGGUGUAA